AUGGCGAGCGAAAAGGAAAAUACCGAGUCGGCUAUUGACACUGGCGUGGAGGAAAACGCCGAGACUAUCGAGGAGCGUGUCUUCUCAGCGGCUCUGAUAUGUCUCGAAGGUCACUUUACACAGUCACCGCCCAUGGGGCCCAAGACGGCCGCCAGGAUCACCAGCAUGAUUUCAAAGACGUUGGAAAAGACACACACUCUUCGACGAGUGAGGGAGACGCUGUCCCGCAAUGUUGAGAUCUGGAUCUGGCUCACAAGGAUCCUUGCUGCCGCUCUCCCGACCUUGACAGAUCGCUCCGUCGGUCCCCUAUCUAGCCUCAAUGAUCCUGAGAAGGGUGUCAGUCCCCAUGAGAGCACAGCCUUGAUAGUCAUGAACUACGACAGCAUCAAGAACGACCUCUCUGUUCUCACCAAACUCAUGCAUAUUUCGAGAAACUUGCUCGUCAACGCAGAACCUCAAGUUCCACAAGAUAUCUGCGCUGCUGUGCACUUUGACCAGAUGGUUUACCAGACCAUCGUUCUCUGUGUCAAUGUCACCCACAAAGGUUACGAUGGAGAGAUUCUAGACGAAUCAGACCGACUGAGGCUGGCCGAAAUCAAUGAACUCUAUAAAAAGCUACUUGUCACUUCUCUGCAGCAAGCUCAUAAUUGGACCGCAAAGCAUGAUCGCAACAAAAUGUCCUUUUGGUUCGAUGUUCUCUUUGACGAUGACGGUGCCCUUACUGGGCACGAUGACUCUCUUUCUGACUGUUCCGGCUUUCGCCCUGAAGUCGCGAAGCAACAAGUGCAGCAUUGGCUGGACCGAAACUCUAGAAUGUGUGACACAGCACGACAGCUGCUGCGCGAUUACGUGGAAAACCACGCCAGCAAACCACCUGGUAAUCUGGCCCCAAUUCGGCCGCUCGCUUGGAACUGGCUUCCCGAGGGCUCUGUGGAUGCACCCCCCAGUGAGGCCAGUGGUGAAAAGAUUCAGUCAGUGUGGAAGUUGGAUGAGACCAACAGAUUUGAGCAGGAUCGCGCCUAUGGACGAGUAUCGAGGGAGAUUGAUACUUGGUGGCUAAAAUCACGAGACCCCAACUACGAAGAAUGGAUCGUCGGUAUGCCUUCUGUCGAAUCGGCGCAGGCGAAAACAGAGCACUGCAAGACAAACUUGAUCCACAGAUACUCCCAUUCCUACCGCGAUGACAACUCCUUGCCUCCAGAUGGAGUGGACGAUGAUGCGUCAGAGCACGACCAUUGCCCAAACUGCCAUCAAUGUCACCAUGACGAGUAUGAGUCUGAUGAGCACGAUGACCAUGAGCACGAGCACGAGCACGAGCACGAGCACGAGCACGAGCACGAGCACGAGCAUGAGCACGAGCACGAACAUAGCCACGAACAUGAUCAUGAUCAUGAACAACACCACAACUGCUACCAUGGGCAUGGCCAUGAUCAUCAUCACGAUCACCUUCAUCAUGAUCAUGACCAUGAAUACGAGUGCGAACAUCAUCGGCAUUGCCACCACCAUGAUCACAAUUACCCUCACGACUAUGUAGAUGACAUGUUGGAUGAUGACGAGGCAGACGACGAUGAUUCAUAUGGGGACGGUCCAUUGACCGGUUUGCUCACCGAGGUUCCUAAUAUCUUGGACCCCAAGCAGAUUGAAGCGCUCCACAUGAUUGUCAAGUCAUGCAUCUUUGACGGCUCUGGUUCAGGGACUACACGUGCUGGCGAGAGCUUGCAGAGGACUCGUUGCAGACUGUUCCUGGCGCUGGACAGCGGCAAGAGUCUGCUGCGGGAGCUCCUCGUCUUCAUUGCCGUCUGGGACAAGGACGAAGAGAGCCUGAUUUAUCAAGUCACGGCGCAAAUUGUGGAUUCCAUCCAUCGAAACGCGCUCAUUCCUUACGCGUGGAACUCGCUCCGCAUCUCCAAGGACAUCAUCUCUCCCGCGCAGACGGUCUUGCUGCGCCUCGUGAAUGACAUGCUCGGUGGGCGCACCGUCGCCGGCUCCGCGGCCAGAGACGGGCCUACCGGGGAGGGCAGAGACGGCCCGCGCGACUUGAAGCUGGUGCACUUCUUCUUCAGCUCGUUCCGCAGCCGGAUCGUGCCCGAGUGCGCGGCGCUGAUGCACCUGCAGGCGCAGAUUCGGGAGGGCAAGUCCGACGCGUCCGAGUUCCCGGUCGACAUGUGGGACAUGGAGCGUGCCAAGGACGGGCUGGCCCAGUACCUGGAGUUCCUGAGGACGGUCGUCGAGGUGCCCGAGAUGCGGGCCAAGCUGAUCGAGUGGGAGGCAGUGUACGAGCUCGUGACCGUCCUGAGCGGGCUCGAGGCCGCCGUGGCCAAGAAGCCGCUCUUCCACGCGCCGAAGCGAAACGGCGCGGGCGGCGACGACCCCAUGGUGGAGCGACCGUACGCGGCCGCUGCCGAAACUGCCGGCGCCGGCGCCUCGCCGCCCCUGCAGCAGCAACAGGAGGCAGCGCACAAGUUCCCGUGGGCCGGCGUCAAGAGCCAGAUCUUCAUGAUCCUGGCCGACCUCCUGCAGCCGCCGCCGGGCCGGCACAGCCCCGGCAACCCCGCAGUGCAGAUGCAGAUGGUGCGGUACGACGGCAUCGGCCCGCUGCUCAGCAGCACCGCCUACGACGCCCACAACCCCUUCGCCAAGGAGCGCAUCACCGUCUGCCUCAAGUGGCUGCUCGACGGCUGCGACGAGGCCAACGACUUCAUCCGCCAGCUGAACCGCGCCGGGCCGCCGCCGCCGUCAGCUGGGCCGGCAGGCGCCGGGCAGACGCAGACGCUGCGCAUCGAUGGCGUCGGCGGCGACGUCAGGGUCCGGGUGCGCUCGGGACGCCCACGGGUGGUGCAGGAGACGGACGACAUCGUGGGCGACGGGCAGGAGGCGGUCGUGGAGGACAGCGCGGACGCGCCGAGCAGCGGCGCCAGCAUCGAGGAUGACUUUAUGGCGUAA